CUCGAAGCUCAAAUCGAAACGGUUCGACGGGAAUCUGCCGCGCGGAGCCAAUAAACGCUACGUUUUAAAUGCGAUUCCUUUUCACACACACACACACACACACACAAAAAAAAACACAACGUGCAGAUGCUAACCGACGAGCUAGCUAACGCAAGUAAGCCGAGUGCAUCGCUAGCGGUUAGCUAGCUGCGCUCAACAAAAGACGGUUCCGGGGCGCUCGCGCCGCCGUGCGAGCCAGUGUGACCGCUGCGUGCGUCCGCGAGCUCCGUCGCCCGUGUGGCCGGCUCCACUGCGGUCGCACGGGUCGUUUCGCGCCGGUGUGAUGGAAGUUAGCACGUUCGCGUGACCUGUGGAAGUUGGCCGGUGCCUGGGCACCCGGAGCAGGCCCGCCGCAGCACUUAGCGCUGUAAAAGUUGUGGGCACCGGGGGGACGGUUUCACGGGCUUGCAUGUGCACACACGAUGCGUUCAGGAACGCCGCCGAAAGGCUCACGUCGUGUAGCUUUGUUGUAAAAUAGACACAUUCCCCGUCAGCUGUCUGUGUCGCCAGAAGAAGACCUCGCUCGAGCUAACGGGUUUGAAGAGUGAAAAACAGAGGGGAAUUUUCUUUUUAGCCUGAAUCUCAACUCCUCCGGUCCUUUGGGAUCAUGGCAAAAGAUGCUGGUCUGAUUGAAACAAAUGGAGAGCUGAAGGUUUUCAUCGAUCAGAAUCUGAGCCCCAGCAAAGGUGUCCUGUCUUUGGUUACUGUCCAGCCUACAGCUGUCCCUGUGGCCAAACAGCUACUUCCCAAAACCCUAGGGCCAUCCAAUGUGAACGUUGCUGCACACAUGCAACAUGUGCCACACAUGGUGAUUGGAACACCUCAGAGGCCCACGGUAUCAAAUACCAUUUUGGUAAACAGUCCACAUACACCAAGUUCCCAGUUCCUCACUCAGAGUCAACCAUCUGACGCCUCUCCUUGGUCGUCAGGAAAACGUGGUAAGAAAGGAGAAAAGAAUGGGAAGGGCUUGAGGCAUUUCUCCAUGAAAGUGUGUGAGAAGGUGCAGAAGAAAGGAGUAACUACCUACAAUGAGGUGGCAGAUGAACUGGUGGCAGAAUUCAGCUCUGCAGACAACCACAUGUCACCCAACGACUCACACGUGUACGACCAGAAGAACAUUCGGCGGCGUGUGUAUGAUGCACUCAAUGUACUCAUGGCCAUGAACAUAAUCUCUAAAGAGAAAAAAGAAAUCAAGUGGAUCGGCCUGCCCACCAACUCAGCGCAAGAAUGCCAAAACCUGGAGGUGGAAAGGCAAAGGCGGCUGGAGAGAAUUAAGCAGAAACAAUCACAACUCCAGGAGCUCAUACUGCAGCAAAUAGCAUUUAAGAACCUGGUUCAGCGGAACAGACAGACAGAGCAGCAGGCAAACAGACCUCCACCUCCCAACUCCAUCAUCCACCUUCCCUUUAUCAUUGUCAACACCAGCAAGAAAACUGUCAUCGACUGCAGCAUCUCCAAUGACAAGUUUGAGUAUUUGUUCAACUUUGACAGCAUGUUUGAGAUCCAUGAUGACAUUGAGGUGCUAAAGCGUAUGGGCAUGGCCUGCGGCCUGGAGGUGGGAAAGUGUUCUCCAGAGGAUCUCAAGGUCGCACGUAACCUGGUGCCCAAAGCUCUGGAGCCCUACGUUAUAGAGAUGGCAAAGGGUCCCAUCAGUAAUGUUUACAUCACUGGAGGAUCCUCGGCUAAUGGAGCCCGUUACCCUGCGAGCAGCGACGGCUGCACCGAUGGCACCAUGGCCUCCAGCUCAAAUGACUCUCACUACAGCGGGUCUCGUGUGGAGACCCCAGUGUCGUACAUGGGGGACGACGACGACGAGGACGAGUACGACGAGAACGACGAUGAAGACUAAACCCUUCUACGCCUUUGCCGCUCCAACAAGCACAGUCCUUCAAACCACCGUGGGAAUUUAGUCGCCCGUUGUGUGUGCUUCUUCAACCCUUCCCCCCGUUUCCCAUGCCUGUUUUUCUGUCUGGCUUUCUCAGGGGUGUAGUUGAAAAUUGAACAGGGGUGUAUGUUGCACCCACCUUUUUCUGCUCCUGAAUCACGUGCACCUGCACUACAGCUCCGGGGGUGGCGUCGUCCAAGGGAACUGUCGUCUGUGGCCCUGCCACCACACUGAAGUCUUUGUAUGUCUAAUCCACUUCUUAAUAAGCCAUCCCACUAAAAAAAAAAAAAAAAAAAAACCCUGUAAAACCUACUGCUGUUGGAGAAUGUAUAAUGUACUUGUUUGAAUAGUUAUUUCUUUUAUUUUGCAAUUUCAUAUAGCAGACUGAUGAUCAAAAUGUUCCAUGACGGCCAAAGUAUCUGCUCAGCGGCACCAUGGAUUCUGAAUGGCCUAAUACACAGUUGCCGUGUCAUCUCAGGAUGGGGCUCCAUCAGAUGUGUUGAACUUUUUUCGUUUUGUGUUCCGGGCAAUAAUUUGAAAUAGUUUCUUAUCCCCCAUUGUGUUGGGCCGGCUUCCUUCUGUUCCGUAGGCAGCUGCUUUCCUGAUCUUGUUUGCUAGUUUUUUUUUUUUUUUGUAUUUCUGGAGUUGAAGAAUUCCCCGUCACCACCCUGUUAACGCCUUGUAGUGUUUACAAAAAAAAUGGCACCAGCAAGGUAAGAACUUUCAUAACCCAGGCUCCUGAUAGGUAAAUAAGCUUUGUUUGUUAAUGACGUAUAUGAAUCCUACGGCGAUUGUAGCUUAUAGUAUCCUUUAGAGGCCAGUGGUAAAGAUAAAAGAUUAUUGAUGUAACAAAAUGUGUGGUUGUGUAGGUCUUUAUGUGCUCCUUCGAAGAUCUCUUUUAAAACUGAGCAACACAUGUACUGACUUCCAAAUACCUUUUUCUGUAAUCUAAUAUAAGUUUGCAAAUUAAAUAUAGAUUGUUUUAAUAA